CAUAUGUUUCCGAUAGUCAUAUGUUUCCGAUAGUCUAUUUUCGUCGCGCGAAUUUUCCCUAAAAUGACGUCAUAUUUCUAAUUACUAAGGACACCUGACGUAAGGAAUCUCGAAACAUAAAACAAAAGCAAAGAAUCAAAAUUAUGCUGCGUGCAAAGGCAGUAACAAAUAAAAGAAAACGAUGUUAUUCUCCCUCUGCACUUGUCAGGGCGUAUCAGGCAGUGAAACAGGAUGGAGUCCCUGUAUAUAGGGCAGCUAAGGAACAUGCUGUUCCAUUAACAACUCUUAGAGACCGUGUUGACAAUAAGGUUGACAUUGACUGUACUAAGACUGGUCCAGAACCACUUUUGUCUCAGUUUGAGGAGGCAAAACUUGUAAAUCAUUUGAAAGAAUUAGCUUCUGUUAGUUAUGGUUACACAAUGGCAGAAGUACUCAGCAUGGCAACAGAUUAUUCCAUUCACCUUGGAAAGAAACACAUUAAAGAAAAAUCUUUAAGCAUGCAGUGGUUUUACAGUUUUAUGGGAAGAUGGCCAGAAUUAAGGGUUGUUAAACCAUCAAGUUUGUCGGAAUUAAGGGCCAAAUGUGCGUCAGAAACUUCAAUAAGAUCAUAUUUCUGCAAACUCGAAUCAAUUCUUGACAAAUACAACUUAAAGGACAAGCCCCACUUAAUAUAUAACAUCGAUGAAAAGGGAAUGAAUACAGAGUUUAAGCCCCUAAUAUAGUGGCAGGAAAAGGAUA